AUGUCGUUAGCCACGCCUGAAGCCUUUGCAAACAAUCCAUCCCUCGUCUGGCAGUUUUAUCAUUAUAGAAGAGAAAAAGCACUCCAAUGCCAACCCAACGCUGCUCACGUCGUGUUGGCUAAACUUGCCGUACCCAGUAUUCUCGAGAAGGUCGCUCCAGCUGCUGAAUCUUUCCACUUGAUUACUCAAAACGUGGAUGGUAUUUCUUCUCGAGUCCUUCAGCAAAUUGAAACCAUGCAAAGAGCAAAGGACCCCCCGGUAUCGGAAAAGGAUCUGCCCAACUUUUCUACUUUAAUCGAAAUGCACGGCCGCCUAUUUGAUGUUAGAUGUACACGUAGAAGAUGCAAACACACCGUCUACGACACCAGCAUCCCUCUAUGCCCAGCUCUGGGGGAAGCAGACCAAAAGCACGCAAACAUCAUCGCGGCAGGCAAGAAAGAGAAUGAGGUCGAAAUUCCGCUCGAGGAUCUGCCAAAGUGCAGCAAAUGCGGUGCACUAACGAGACCUGGAGUAGUGUGGUUCGGGGAAGAAAUUCCGCUUCUCCCAACUAUCGAUGAUAUCGUGAAGAAGGCCGACUUGUGCCUCGUCGUUGGAACGUCUUCUACGGUUUACCCGGCAGCUGGAUUCGCAGCCGAUGUCAAAGAGUACACUAAAGGAGAAGGAAAAGUCGCCGUCUUCAACAUGGAGAGUACAGACCCCGACGACAUUGCCGACUUUGUCUUUAUAGGGGGAUGUGAGAAUGAAUUGCCAAUAGCUGUUGGUGUGGAUCCCAGUCUCGACUUUUGA